AUGGCGGUAGGGGAUCUCUACAAGGCCUCCCAGCGGGCCCUCGGCUCCAACAGAGGUGCUAUGGACCCGUCCGAGGAGAAGAAGAGCAAGGGGAUAGCCAGCUCUGCAGGGGUCGAUGUCGAGCAUCUUGAGUCUGUGAGCGUGGACGAGAAGCCAGGGCGAAUUCGAGCCACGAACCAGAAGGUGAAGCGACAUAUACGGCGAUUCUGGUGCUGCUAUCUCAUCGGAGGCAUUGUCUUUUUGGCCAUCUUCCUGCCACUCUUUUUCAUUUACGCCAUUCCGGCAAUCGCACAGCGAAUCGUUGACGACACCUCCCUGCCCGUCUACUCGGCCAAUAUCAUCGAUCCGACGCCGGAAACAGUCACCUUCAGCAUCGACACCGCAUUGACGGUGCCCGCUGGUCUGAAAGUCAAGACGCAGCCCAUUGCACUGAACCUGUUUAACCGCGCGGUGAAGCCGAUGGUGACCUAUCUCACCGUGAAUCUGCCGAGCUACACGCUGGAUGGACACACCAAGAUGCAUGUUACGCAGGCCGACACUAAAAUUCAAGACAUGGACCAAUGGAUAGACACGCUGAACACUGCCGUGUAUAACAAGAACUUCACCCUGUCAGCCAAGGGGACUACGGUUGCGCAUCUGGGGGCGUUGAAGGCGGAUCUCACCCUCGACAAGGACAUCACGCUAGCAGGACUUGACCGACUAAGCGGUUUUUCCAUCCCCAGUGCCCGUCUUGUCAUCCCUGCUGAGGAUGAUGGCACGAAUCUGCGCGGCACGGCUGUCCUGCCGAACCACUCGGUGGUGACCUUUGCCCUGGGCAACGUCACGCUCAAUCUGCAGAGCAAAGACUUGGUGCUCGGCCACGCCCUCAUCCAAAAUGUCGUCCUCAGGCCCGGUAACAACACCGUGGACCUGUCUGGUCGACUGGAGAUUUCUACUGUCCUGAGCAAUCUAGGCCAGAUCCUGGAGAACAGCGCCGAGGCUAUCAGAGAAGGAAGUAUUGAACUCUCCGCCACGGGAAACCAGACCAUCUACAACGGACAGCACAUCCCCUACUUUGAGCGGGUGUUGAACAACCUGACGCUGACGACCCGUGUGCCCAUUAUGAAGCUGUUGCUCGAUACUGUUCAGGGGUUCCUGUCAGGAAGCGGGUCGUCGUUGCUAUCCAACAUUGGCUCCAUGGGCAACGACUUAUCGAACAUUACGGACAUAUUAGGAAACUCGACGUCGUAA